AUGUAUCGACAAGGAAUGCGCACUCAGUCCACUGAUAUUUCAAACUUAGAUACAUUAGACUCGAACAUCUUAUCACAUUUAGAAGAGCUUACUGGCGUUUGGAAAUAUGGAACAGCAAAAAAAGUUGAGUUCUUUCCGGAUGAGUUUACUACAGUGAUGCUCACUACUUCUGAUAGUCCAGAGCUCCCGAAAAUAUUGAAAGUAUUAGAAUUAGGUCCUUUUAUCACGAUGGAUCUCGAGUGGUAUUCUCAAUCGCAGGAUUCAAUUUCAAUUUACACGUUCUGCACAGCGGAUUUAUGCAUAUUAAUUCAACAAGUUGGUGAUGCACCUAGAAGGGAACUCAAAGAUUUCAUCCUCAGAAAUAAAUUUGUUGUUAAAGAUGUUGGAAACGAUAUGAAGCAUCUUAAAUCGGUAUUCGGUUAUGAUUUUGACUUCAAUUAUGAUGAUGUGCACAGAACAGUAUUCAUGAAGUAUCAUUUGAAAGCCGGUUUUGAUGCUAUGAUUGAAUCAUAUGCUAAUAGUGAGCCAACAGCAGCAUUUAAGAACAAAUCUAUUAUAUUUUCAGAUUGGGAUCAGAUUCCAUUAGAACCUCAACAAAUUUUGUAUGCAACAUUCGACUGUGUAGGUCUCAGUAAAUGCUACCCAAAUCUUCCUGAACAUUAA